GUGGGGAGAGAGAUCCGGUGAAGCAAGUGGGGACUGUGAGAGGAGACUGGAGCUAAGCAUCGGAAGCCACAGAAUAGCGCCAGAAGGAGGAGUCUCAUCAAGCGUUCGAGAUCCGCUCAUGGUGGCCGCUACCUAGGGCAAGGAAAGCGAUCCAUCUUCUGUCCAUUCCACGCGGCCCAUGCCUCACUCCUUACUGGCACACUCGUCUUCUUCUUCCUUCUUCGGCGGAGGCGCCGCCGCUGCGGUGCGCCGCUUGCAUGCUGGGCUCUCUUCCGCGAGAGCCCGCACCGAACGCAGCAUCUCGACGGCUGUUGUCGCCGCGGCGGCGGAGGGGCCCUCCUGUCUCUUCGUGGGGUCUAUCGAAACCGCGAGCAAGGAGAUGCUCGAAGCGCUCUAUCAGCAGGCUCGGGACUCCUAUUAUAGUGGUAAACCUUUGAUUUUUGAUGACAUGUUUGAUAGAGUAGAGUUAAAACUACGUUUGUAUGGCUCAAAAUGUGUUGUCAAGUAUCCUCGCUGUAGCCUCUUGCGACAAUCGACAUAUGCUGAUGCGGAGGAAGACCCUUCUCAGGUUUUGGCAUUAGUAAUUGUAUGGAUUUUGUUACUCGCUCUCGGCAGUUCUGCCGUUCUCAUUCCUACCAUCCUCACAAUCAGCACAGUUUUUGAAGAUGCUUUAAGCUCAAGAGUCUUUGUAAGCACCAAGAAAUAUCCUUUUGAUGUAGUUCCAGUGCUAAACCAGGCUUUGCUCGCUGGACUGGGAUUUUCCAUUGGUUAUCCCAUUGCAUCUUCAUCGGUUCAAGCUCUGAAAGACCUCUGGAUGAAGCACUUGGUGGCAUUAAAAGGCGCAUGCCCAAAUUGUGGGGAGGAGGUGUUUGCAUUUAUGAAGACUGAAAAUUCUAUGCUCCGUCCACAUGGCACACAUUGUCAUGUAUGUCAAAGUAGAUUGGAGUUUCGCGGUAAAGUGGAGCAGUGGAGCUCUGGAUCCGAGCAUCGCUGGGUUUACGGUCGGGUCUACCUCUGCCCCAAGAACUCAUGCUAGAAGAGGGAGGAACGGCUUCGAUGCUCGUUGCAUUUUGGACAAAAUGUACAGUGCAUUCUUUCAUCAUCCACUGAAAUUGGGGUAUUUAUCAUUUAUCUCCUUGGGCUUUUGUUUUUCUUAAGGGAUAAUUACAUACAGGGCACCCACAACAUUCCUAUUUACAAAUC